AUGCCUAUGCAUUUUCACCUCCCCCGUGUUCAAUCCUUUUCUAAUGUCAUGGACCAGGUUCGCGAUGUUAUGAAGCACUACAAGCACGAGAAGGAGUCGGAGGCUCAUAGAAUCUUCCGGCAGUCGGCUGGACACAAGGUGAAGGGUGUCUUGCCUCAGACCAUUAACCCAGAUGAGGAGACUGUGCCUGGAAUCGAGCAUCCAGGUAGUACUGGGGUCAUCUAUUGCUCCGAUCGUGCUAUCGCGAACGGGUUCAACUACGCCAAUUCGCAUGACUGGGCAAACCUUGGCCAAGGAGCCCCCGAAGUCGGGCCGAUUCCAGACGCGCCGCCUCGACCGACUUCUAUUCCGCUCCCUAUAGAUUCUCUAGAAUACGCCCCGACUACGGGUGUGAAAGCUCUUCGAGAAGCCGUUGCUAACCUAUACAAUGUUACAUACAGGAAAGGCAAGGCUAGUCAAUACACUUACGAGAACGUCUGCAUCGUUCCGGGUGGUCGCGCCGGUCUCUCUCGUAUCGCGGCGGUCGUCGGUGACGUCUAUACAUCUUAUCAAAUACCGGACUACACCGCGUACGAUCAAGUUUUGACUGCAUUCAAGAGACUAGUACCCGUACCUACAGCUCUCGAAUCGUCGAACAAGUAUAGGCUUGAUAUCGAACAAACAAGGAAAGAUAUCCGGACGCAGGGCCUGGCCGUAAUAUUGGCGUCAAACCCUCGCAAUCCCACUGGACAGGUCAUCAAGGGACACGAGUUGAAGGAGCUUGUUGCUCUCAGCCACGAAGGGACUACCCUUAUUCUCGACGAAUUUUAUUCUUGGUACAUCUAUUCUGAUAACGAAAAAGAUCUGGGAAAGUCCAUCUCUUCCGCGGAGUACAUUGAAGAUGUCAAUGAAGACUCGAUUGUCAUCGUGGAUGGUCUCACGAAGAACUGGCGUCUUCCUGGUUGGCGAGUGUGCUGGGUCCUCGGACCAAAGAACUUGAUAACGGCGCUCUCCCAGUCCGGCUCUUUCCUGGACGGAGGCGCCAACCACCCAAUGCAGCUGGCUGCUAUCCCACUCCUCGACCCCAUCCGCGUCAGAGAAGAGAAGACUGUCGCGGUCCCCCCUACGAGCACCUUCUACAUCUGGCUUAAUCUCGAGAAGCUCCCGGAGCCAUUGAACAAUGGUUUGACGUUCUUCGAGGAGUUGCUCAAGGAACAAACGAUUGUCAUUCCCGGCAUCUUCUUUGACAUCAACCCUGCGCACCGGCGCAAUCUCUUCAACUCGCCCUGUCAUUCGUUCGUUCGUCUCUCCUUCGGUCCCCCGAUUGAAGACUUGGACAAGGGUCUCGACGCGAUGGCGCGGGUGUUGAAGAAAGCUAAGAAGGAAGGCAUGCAUGCCUUUGGCCAUAGUUACAAGAAAAGCAUCGAUGAUAGAAGCUCGCCGGUGACACUUCAACACCUGCAGCUCUAA